UCACAGAGCACCACCCAGCAUCAGUGGGGCAUCACACAGCAGGCUUGGGACACCACCAUCAGUAUCACGCCCGCACGGCAAUUCUUUCAGCCAAGAUCCGUCUCAAGACAGUCACAUCCAGUACAGCCGCCCCAACUACCGCUACAGUCAAGACGAACUUGACUUACUGCGUCGGGUUGAGUCGGUGCGGCAGCAGCGAGAGGGGGAUAGUCAGCCCCCGCCGCUCUUCACUGCUGUCGCUGCCGCUGCUGCGUCAGGCGAAUCCUUUGUCCUCGACUUCCCUCUCAAACGGGCUGCUGCUACAACUGCUGCUGCAGCUGGUUUCACAACUGCUGCUGCUACAACCGGAGAUGCCAGCCUGAAAGCCCAGAGGAGGAGGAGGAGGCAGCGAACAGUGAUCAUCGGACCAGUGUCCCUGCAAUGGGUCGCUGCAGCCGCAGGGUACCAGCCGUCUCCGAAGAGCCCGAAAGGCCCCUGCACGCUGCUCAAGAGAGUGUUCAUAGUGAGAGUCAAGUCGGCUGCUGACUUCGCCGCCAGGGCCUCUCUCCCGCGCACCACCACCGUCAUUCUCUAUUUACAGAAAGAUUUGACACUGCCUCAAGGGGUUCUGUUCCAGCGGCAGCAGUCUUGCACGAUACUCAUGUCGGCAAAAUGGCCCGGUUACACGCUGACGGGUGGUAACCCUAUGUAUCCGGUGUUGCGCGUGUGGAACACUAGUAACGUGGUGUCGCUGAACGUGAACCAUCGCCUGCCGAUGACGGAGAGCAGCCCCGAGUGCACCACCGUGCCCGAGCUCGGCAAGGGCGUCACCUGCCCGCCAUCUCCAUCCAUCGGUCCUACGGCGUGCAGAUUGGCAAG